AUGCCGACGUCGCCCACACACCGCGGGCGCUACGUCCGACGUGAGGCCUCUUCCUCCUCUCGGUGGCGCGCACUCUACCAUCGCGGUCACUCCUACAUGUCACGCGCGUGGUCCGGCUUCCUCUCACUCCCACCCGAGCAACGGUACAUCCUCUACCUCGUCGUAGGCAUCAAGUUCCUCAUCCUCGGGGUCGUCCUAUACAUCGGACCCGAAGUGAUGUUUGAUACGACGGCGAAGCUUGCCAUUUGGUUUGGGAGUCAGACGUUUGGUGCUGCGCUUCUGAUCGCUUUGGUGGUGAUCGUCUCCUUUCCGCCGCUGAUCGGGUACGGCACGUGCAUCACGCUCUUCGGUUUGGGAUGGGGGGUUCAUUCCCCCGCCAACGCAGAUCAUGGAGAGCUGAAUGGGAAUCUGUUCUAUGCUUGGGCACUGGCGAGUGUCGCCUGCCUGUUGGGGGCCAGUGUGUCGUUCGUCGUGCUCAGAUGGGCAAUCACGCACCACGCCAAACGAGUCUCCUGGAUCUCUUCCGCGCUGGACGAUCCCAAAUACGCAGCGCUCACCACCGCCGUCCGAAGUAGAGGACUCAGCAUGGCCAUCCUGAUCAGGUUCUGCCCUUUUCCCUUCGCCUACUCGAAUCUCUUCUUCGCAAGCCUACUGGACGCUGUUCCAUAUCGCCACUUUAUCGCCGCUACAGCGCUCAUCACGCCCAAGCUCUUCCUCCAUGUCUGGCUCGGAACGCGCAUGUUCGUGCUCAUGGACCGUGAUCAGCGCGCGCAGCUGGACGGGACAGCGAAGGCGCUGAAUGUGGUCUACAUCGCCGUAGGUGGUGCGGUGGGUGUGGCGACCAGCUGGUUUGUCUGGCGCGAGACGAGCAAGGUCCUGGAUCAGAUCGAACGGGAACAGGCCGCAGAGAGGCGCAACGGCGCAGGAGGAGGGGAGGGGAGGGAAAGGAGCGGCUCGCCGUACAGGGACACACCCGAUGCAAACAAGGCAACUCCGCCGUUCGUGCUCGAUCUCGGCGUCGGAUCGGACGAUGAGGAGGACAGACCCGGGCUCAAACGCAAAGAUAGUGCUCGACAGAGCUUGCUCCCGAGAUGA